AUGGAUCCGCCAGGACUCAUGGUGAUUGUGCUGCAGGGCCCCCGCGCUAUCGCCGCAUGUGACGGGGACCCCAGGAGCGACCCUGGAUGGGGCGCAGGGAGGUCGGGGAGGGUCGAGGAGGACCCCUCCGCGGAGGACGACCCGGGCUCGGGCUCGCGUGCGCUGCUGCUGCUGCAGCUGCCGGCGCGGAUCCCUGCGGAGCGAGCGAGCGAACGAAGGCGGCGGUGCAUUGUGGUCCCUGCUGGUUCGUGUGACGUCGCCUCGCAGCAGCAGCAGCAGGAGGAGUCGAGGAGGAGGCCGCGGCAGCAGUCGGAGCGGCAGGGCGCGCAGGGCGAUCCCCGCCACGAAGGCGCCAUGGGCAAGCGCGACACGAGGAUUGCCUGGGUAAAUCCCAUAGCAGCAGCCCGAGCCCGCGGGCCGGCCACCGGUGGUGGGAGCACCAUACAGGACUACCUCAACCGGCCGCGGCCGACAUGGGACGAGGUUAAGGAACAACUGGAAAAAAAGAGGAAAGGAUCCAGGGCUCUUGCAGACUUUGAGGAGAAGAUGAACGAUGAUUUCAAGAAAGAGCUUGAGCAGCAAAGAGAGAGGCUACUGAACAGAAAGGAGGAGGUUCCUGUACCCACCCCAGGGUUGCUGGGAGUCCCGGGCACUCCGAACGUGUCCCUCAUCCCCGCUGCCUCGGGGGGUCCUGGCGUGCCGGGCAUCGUGGCGAUGCUGGCUGCUCAGAAGAAGCCACCGAAAGAGAAGAAGAAAAGGCACUCUUCAUCCUCCUCAUCUUCAAGUUCUGAUUCAUCUAGCAGCUCUGAAGAUGAAGACAAGGGCCACAGGAAGAAGAAGAAGAAAAAGAAGAACAAGAAGAAGAGAAGCAAGAGGAAGUACCAUUUUGUGGAGAAGAUGGCCGAAGAUUCCUCCGCGCCCGCUACCGUGGCACCGCCGCCUCUGCUGAUAGGGCCCAUGCCGGCACCCGUGGCCAUGGGACCCAAGGCCUUGUCGGUGGCCCCGGGGCCUGCGUCCGUGUCCUCGCCGUCAGUCUCCGCGGUGAAAAAGGCGGCGUCACCGGCGGCGGCGGCGGCGGGGACCGCAUCGGCAGCACCAGCGCCCGUAGCGCGUGAACACUCGGUGGAUAGCGAGAGCUCCAAGUCGAAGAAGAGGAAGAAGAAACACAAGAAGCACGGCAAGAAAAAGCGAAUGCGCUCCUCCUCCUCGCCCAAGUCGGGCUGAUGUCGCCAGACCCACGGCAGCAGCUGUGGCCACCCCUCAUCUGUCAAGUAGCAGCAGCAGCAGCAUCUCCUCGACCGUGCACCGUUGCUCACAAAAACACCCACCACAUCUCUACCCUCUUCUUUAGUUGACUUGACCAAAAAUUUGAGUCCCCGUGGUCAAGAAUUCAAUGAAGUUGUCCGGUGUGGUGGGCGUACAGAAGGGGAGGGGGGCGGCGCUCCCCGUCCAGGGAUGCAGAGUUCGCCGCCGGACUCGUGCGCGCCAGUGCCGCACUGUGCAUGUUCAUUUUUAUUGCAUGGAGCAGGGAAAGUCGUACGGUGCGGAGGGGGGGGGGGGGUGGCUUCAGAAUGCAGUGCAUGGCGGCAGGAAAAGCCGGCAAGCGUAUCGUGGUGCUUCAUGUUGCCGUGUCUCGGCGCAAGUGCUCGGAGCGCUGGUCCACCUGCCCCCCGGAUGCUUCGUGGGCUCCAGCUGGAUUCAGAGCCAGUUUGAGCAUGCGGACCUUGCGUGCCCUGUCCGGUGACUCGUAUCGGAACAACAAGGAUCAGUGGGGGGGGGGAGAGGAUUCCGCCGCCGCUGAGGAUUUAUGGAGAGAUCCUUAGCCGCUGAUCAAAAUGCAAACCUUUACGGACGGCGAACCUGGCAUGCCCGAGACGAGCAAAUCUGUACGAAAUGUCAGUGCUGCAAAAUAAGGCGGGCGGUGGGCAGGCGGGCACGCACUUUGACAGUUGCCAUUUUUUAUCGGGGGGUGCUGCGCGUCGCUCCUUACUCCGCACGCCGUUCCCUGGGCCGGCGGUGGACAAAGCGUGCGGUCGCUCCACCCGCCGGGAGGCGUUUCCCCAACGUGCGCACGGCACGGGCGGUGGUGACGGCGGCGGCAGUUAAUGCCGGCGAGUGAACCUUGUAUAUACUAGGCCCACGCAGGUCGCGCGACGCGUGUGUAAGUAAAAAAAAAA